AUGGAACCCCAAAUCCCACAAUUCAGAGCUGUGUGCGUUACCAAAGCAACAAUGGCGGCUUCCCCUGCAAGUGUGGAGGGUGUAAUAGAACCUUUAGGCAACUGUCUCACUACCCUCGGGUUUGAAGUGUAUCCUCUUAAGGUGGGCUGGUACAACUCUGUGCUGCCUCCUUCCUUCCACCUGCCGUACCCAGAUGACACCUUGGCCGCCGUGGUGCUCAGCACCCCAGCUAUGUUUGAACAAGCCUUUCUACCUUUCUUGGAGCAGAGGGGAUUUCAUAAGCUGUGUGACCCUGUCGACCAAUGUGUCCGGCACUGCGUCUCCUCUGCUGUCUCGCAGUUUUCAGAGCUGAAGGUGGAUGUAAGGUACGACUACGAGCUGCUGCCAAGCAGGAAGCCAAAGUUCUUAGCACAGACUGCCGCACACGUCUCCGGAGCGGCGUUCUACUACCAGCAGUCUGACGUCACAGACCAGCCCUGGGCUGAAAAAGUAAUGCCAUCGAUG